CAAUUUUAGAUUUGAAGGUACAAUACGUGGAUACCGUACGUUAAAACCAAACGAAGCCAAUUUCGGGUAUAAAAAGCCAUAAAGAGGGUAAAUUAGACUAGCGUAUACGAGGCUAGUAAUUCAUAAAAAUGAGUGUACGACGGAGUCGAGAGGACGAAGUCGAAGACGAACGUGAUAAGUCGAACUAUCGAGGCGUGGGCCUCGCUGCUGCUGUAAUAGCUGUUGGAGUUGGUGUGGGCGCAGCCUUGUACUACUUCUUGAAUAAGAGAAGUGAAAAUAAUCCGCAAGCAGGAGGAUCUUCGCAAAAUUGGCGGUGUGAUGAUACACUUUUUAAACAAAUGGCCUCUGACGAUUCAUACACCACAGUCUCUGAAAACAGCACAACAGACACGAGCAUUAUGUCUGUUGACAGCGGAGACACAGAUAGUUUAAAUAGUGCCUUAAACUUUGAUGGCUCCGACGACCCGAUGAGUGUCAGCUCCCACGACUCGAGUGAAGAGGACUGGACCCAUGAGACUGGCUAUAACACAUUAAACCUCAUCACAACCACAAAUUCAUCUACCUCAGAUAUAAGCGGUAAUUGGGAUACCACUAACUCAUCCAUAGAGCCCUCUGACACCGAGGCAAUAGUAGCACACAUAAGAGUGCUGGAUAGUAUUUUCCCUUCCAACACGACAUGUAUAGCUAGGAACACAAGACUGCAGACAGCAAGGCGUGAAGACCAGGAAGCGAGGAGGCUCCAGGCUUUUCGCGAGCGCUCGUGGACCCUAGAGGAGUGCUCCAUCUGCUUCGACGUGAUCCUGAAGAAUCAGGAGGUGAUGUCGCUGCCGUGCACGCACCAGUUCCACGCCGCCUGCGUCAUGCCCUGGCUGCAGCAGAGCCAGACCUGCCCCAACUGCCGCAAGUCCAUCGACUGAUCACAGAUACUUAAGCAGCUGGAACUGUAGGACCGUAUCUCACUUAACAUGUAACAAAAUCUCUAAGAUGAAAGAUCAAAAUUAAUAAUACCUGAAUUGUUUUGUAUAUACUUCUAAAAUUUAGGGGCACUCUAAUUAGUAAACGAGCAUAAUGUUUUAUUUCAGUAUCAUUAAAACAAGCUGUGAUUAUUAAGAAAAAAAGAAGAAUUGUUGAUAAAAAAAAAGAGUCUCAACUAAAAAUUGUGUUCUUUUUCAAUAAAUAAUAGCAUCUAUUUUGUCUGUAUGUAUAAAAGGCAAAGAUUUCGAUGCUAUUAUAAUCAGAAACAAAGAUUUUUGAAACUAGUCGUUAGAUCUCUCUCCAGACUGAAAAUACACGCUAGAUGGCGUUGGGAACAUUUUACUUGUAGCAUUGGCAGAUAUUUAAAUAGUAUUAUAAUCCGAAAUCUGAAAAGCCGGAAAAAUAUUAAUAGAAAUAGACAACAAAACCUAGUUUUAAACUUCACUGGUAACUAACUUUGAUAAUAAUGACGUAAUGAA